AUGUGCAAGCUCACUAUAACUGCAGGUCUCUGUUUGAUCAUCACCAGCUUGGUCUCUUCCUCCAAGCUGGUGUGUUACUACAACAGUGAUGCUGAAGAUAGAGUGGAACAAGGGAAGUUCACAGUUUCAGAUAUCAAUCCGAACCUGUGUACCCAUCUGAUCUAUGCCUUUGCUGACAUUAACUACAGACACAGGCUGGUCCCCAGCUGUGCAACUGACAUAAAACGCUAUCAGUCCUUUAAUGGACUCAAAACCAGAAAUCCUCGGCUCAAAACCCUGCUGGCGGUUGGUGGCUUGAAGUUUGACAAACAAAAAUUCAGUAAAAUGGUGUCAACACAACAAAAAAGAGCAAAGUUCAUUCUAUCAGCUAUCACACUACUGAGAACGAAUGGGUUUGAUGGGCUAAACCUUGACUGGAGGUACCCCGGAGGAGCUGGAAGCCAAUCACAGGACAAGCAGAGAUUCACACUGCUGUGCAAGGAGCUCAAAGAGGCCUUUGUGGCUGAGGGAAUCAAAACUGGCCGUGACAGAUUAAUCGUCACUGCUAGUGUCUCUGCUGAGAAAGCAACCAUCGAUGCCAGUUAUGAAGUCGCACAGAUUGCCAUGCACCUGGAUUUCAUUAAUGUGUUGACAUAUGACUUUCACGGCCCCUGGGAAAAUGUCACAGGACAUCACAGCCCCUUAUUCAACGGAUCCCAAGACACUGGAGACAAAAUCUACUUGAACACUAACUAUGCCAUGCUGUACUGGCACAACCAGGGAGCACCUACAAAAAAGCUAAUCUUGGGGUUAGCGUCAUAUGGGCGGUCUUUUAACCUCUCCUCUGCAUCCAGUGAUGUUGGAGCACCAGCCAAUGGUCCUGGUGAAGAACGCCGCUUCACUGGUGAAGAAGGAUUCUGGGCCUAUUAUGAGACUUGCCUUUAUCUGGAAAGAGUGACAGUCCAGUUGAUUAAUGAUCAGAAAGUUCCAUAUGCCACCACAGAAAAUCAGUGGGUUGGAUUUGACAACGAAUACAGCCUUGAUAUUAAGGUCAGUUACCUAAAAACUAACAACUUUGGAGGAGCCUUUGUCUGGUCUCUGGACCUGGAUGACUUUAGUGGACAGUUCUGUAAACAAGGCAACUACCCCUUCAUCAGCCACCUGCAUACGCUCCUAGUUCCAGGUUAUCCUGACCUUACCGAUGCAACUACAACUCCCACAACCAUUCCGACACGUACUGGAAACCCCUGUAAAGGAAGGAGCAAUGGGCUCUACCCCAAACUUGAUGACCCAAAUUCUUUUUACAACUGUGCUGGUGAAAUAGCCUACGUUCAACACUGCCAAAAAGAAACCACACAGUCUCCUACUACAACAACUUCUCCUACUACCACCAUAACUCACUCUACCACAACAACUUCUCCAACUACAACCACAACUCCCCUCACCACAACAACUCUGACACAUACUUUAACCCCAUGUAAGGGAAAGACUGAUGGGCUCCAUCCCAACCCUUAUAACCCAAAUUCGUUUUACUUCUGUGCUGGUGAAAUACCCUAUAUCCAAUAUUGCCAGAAAGAUUUGGUCUAUAAUCAGAACUGCAAAUGCUGUGACUAUCCAACACCAACUUCCACUACCAAAACCUCUCCCACUACCACAACAAUAUAUCCUACUACAACCACAACAACUCCUACACAUACUUUAAACCCAUGUAAAGGAAAGAAGGAUGGGCUCCAUACCAACCCUUAUAACCCAAAUUCGUUUUAUUUCUGUGCUGGUGAAAUACCCUACAUCCAAUAUUGCCAAAAAGAUUUGGUGUAUGACCAAAACUGCAAAUGCUGUAACUAUCCAACAACCUCUCCAACAACCACACAAUCUACUACUACAACCACAACUCCCUCUAGCCCAACCACAGCAACUUCUCCUACUACCACCAUAACUCACUCUUCCACAACAACUUCUCCUACUACAACCACAACUCCCCUCACCACAACAACUCCGACACAUACUUUAAACCCAUGUAAAGGAAAGAAGGAUGGGCUCCAUCCCAACCCAUAUAACCAAAAUUCGUUUUACUUCUGUGCUGGUGAAAUACCCUACAUCCAAUAUUGCCAAAAAUAUUUGGUGUAUGACCAAAACUGCAAAUGCUGUAACUAUCCAACAACAACUUCCAGUACCAAAAAAUCUCCAGAAACCACACAGUCUCCUACUACAACAACUUCUCCUACUACCACCAUAACUCACUCUACCACAACAACUUCUCCAACUACAACCACAACUCCCCUCACCACAACAACUCUGACACAUACUUUAAACCCAUGUAAAGGAAAGAAGGAUGGUCUCCAUCCCAACCCUUAUAACCUGAAUUCGUUUUACUUCUGUGCUGGUGAAAUACCCUACAUCCAAUAUUGCCAAAAAGAUUUGGUGUAUGACCAAAAGUGCAAAUGCUGUAACUAUCCAACAACAACUUCCACUUCCAAAACAUCUCCAGCUACCACAACAACUUAUCCUACUACAACCACAACUCCCCCUAAAAGAACCACUCCGACAUACACUGUAAACCCAUGUAAAGGAAAGAAAGAUGGGCUUCACGCCAACCCUCAUAACCCAAAUUCCUUUUACCAUUGUGUUGGUGAAAUACCCUUCAUCCAAUAUUGCCAAAAAGAUUUGGUCUAUAACCAAAACUGCGAAUGCUGUAACUAUCCAACAACAACUUCCACUACCAAAACCCCUCCGACAACCACAACAACUUCUCCUACCACAACCACAACUCCCCCUACCACAACUACAACUCCCACAACCACUCCGACACAUGCUGGAAACCCCUGUAAAGGAAAGUUAGAUGGACUCUACCCCGGUUAUUACCCAUAUUCUUAUUACAACUGUGUUGGCCAAUUACUCAUCCAAAAGUGCCCAUCAAAGUUUGUCUUCAAUGAAAAAUCCAAGUGCUGUGAACGCAUCUGGUAA